CAAAUAACUUAGUUAAGAUAUGAAGAAGAUAAAGAAAAAUAUUGGACAACAGAAGAAUGGUGUUUCUCAGCAACAUUUUGAAGCUGACAAAGAUUUAGUUGCCAAAUCUGGGGCCUCAUUUUGUGUGAAGUAUUUGGGCUAUGAAGAGGUCAAGGAAGCCAGAGGAGUCAAAGUAUGCUCUGUUGCUGUGGCAAAACUCAUCAAAGAUAAGAAAAACAAGAAGAAGAUGUCUCUCUCUAUCUCAAUGGAUGGUGUACGUGUAGUUGACGAUAUAAGUAGGGUGCUAGUGUUGGAUCAGCCGAUAGAGAAAAUAUCUUUCUGCGCACCAGACUCCCUUAAUCCUAAACUGUUCUCGUACAUUGCCCGGGAUGGUCCGUGCAGACGGUGGCUUUGUUAUGGUUUCUACGCUACUGAUGUCCCUGGAGAGAGGUUAUCUCAUGCACUAGGAUGCGCUUUUACCGCUUGUCUACAGAGGAAACAAAAAGCGGGAAAAGUUAAAGAAUCUAACAACAGUACUGGAUCCGUGAGUUCUAAAGGGAGCUCAAUAGAAAACAGUCCAUCAACCUUGCCAGCCAAGGGUACCCCAACAAAACAUCCUCCAAUGAUGAAAGCUAACACCACUGCUAAUAUCACUACUAUCAAACGUCUCCCACCUAAAGAGAUAACAGUACCUAUACCGGACUUCAGCCGUGACCGCUCCGCUACUACCAUCGGAAUAUCCACUCCCCCAACUCAGUCUGCUAUACUUCAGAGGGCACAAACGAACCCCUUUGGCGACGAAUUUAAUCCAGAAAAUAACUUCACUGCAGACUUGGCUGACAUUUUAUUAUUCGAUCCGAGUGAGGACAAAGUGGGUACUCAGCAGGAACAAAGGAGGAGAGCAGCUACUCAGUUACCAGGGACUGACAGCCUGGACGAGUUUGAUCCUCUACAUCCCACUUUUAAAAGUAUGCAGUUCGAAGACAACUUCAAACCACCAACAGUCGAACCUUCUCACCUCGCCAACAACCCUGGUUACCAUGGCAACAACUCAGGUUACCAUGGCAACAACUCAUUCGCGCACACAAACCCAUUUUCAAGCGCCGUAAUGUCGGAAGGAUCUUCUCAGCAACAAUUUGAUGAUUUUGAUAUUUUCGCCUCAAAUCGACUUACAUUAAGAUGAGGACGAGACUGAUCUUAGUGAUUUCUGUUUUUUUUUCUUCAGGAAUUCUGAAAUUCUGUGACCUUGGCUGAAUAGUGGGAAUUGUGAUUUUUGGGUGUCCGUGAUUUAAUGUAAUGAGAGGUCGGGGGCAAUGGAGCUAGUAUCAAAUAAUAUUAACAUUCGGGCUUGAGUUAUUGAUUUUUUUUUUUAUUACACGAAAUUUGAAAUGAGGCGAAAUAACAAAUUUCACCUAUACACUAAUUUUAGUAACCGUCAUCUUAUAUCAAGGUAUUUGAAUUAAUCCAUGGCCUCAUAAUAUGUAAAAGUGAGUUUUAUAUCCACGAGAUCUUAUUAAUUUAAUGAAAAAUAAGUUUCAUGUAAUAAUAUAAUCUGAUCUUUAUUAUUGUGUAAUCUUUGUCUGAUAUAAACACCAAGUUUGUACGCGUAUAAAUAAUAAAUUGGUAUUAAUGUCAAUUAUAAUUGGCAUUUAUUGUCGCUGAAAUGACUCACACCGCCAGUUAACGUAUGAUUUGAGUUUUGAACCAAUAAUUUGUGGUUAUGUGUAAUAUUUAUCAAGUUAUACUUAAGUCUUAUUUUUUUCAAGAUGUCAUCCCUUAAGAAUCACGAUCUUUAUGAUCGAAAGAAAAUGUGCUUGAAGAAUAUGUCAUUUAUUUGAUUUUGAGGUACUGUGCUGCUUUAUCAUUUAUAGCCCUACAAAUUUUUUUAAUUAAAUGUAAUUUUUUUCUCAUUCAUAAAACUGAUUGUAAUUUUGGGAAGUUAAAUUUAAAAGCAAUUUUGAUUUUAAGUAGGAAUUGUUCUUUAAGGUCGACGUCAUAAGUAAAUACGUUCUUUGUUACCAUAUUUGAGUCCUCCAUUUGGGAUAGGAAGCUAGACCUAUAGAAACGUUUGACUGCUCAACGUUUUUGGAAUGCGAACGAUUUCUGGAAUUUAGCUGGUCCGGGAUUUAGCUGGUCUGGUUUACAAGGUUGACUGCAGAAUUAGUUGGAUAUCAUAUCACCGUUUGUUGGAAUUAACGUGACCCCACUAACGGAUAUUUUGGGCAAGAAUUGCAAAAUGUGUUCAAAAUUGAUUAAGAUACUCCACAAUAAGAAAUUCCAUCUGGCCGUGUGUACAAUAAAUAUUCCUGUUGGGUUUGCCGUUAUGUAAAGUGUUUGUUAUAUUGGCGUGUCGUAUUAUAGCUAAUUUCUACCAUAAAAACCAUCAUUUGUAAAUUUGCUGAUUUUUUGUUAAUUCCUUUUAAACACUUCAGAUUUAACUGCA